CAACUUGUGUGUACAGGUUUGUCACAGGAUCAGGCAACACCGCUGCCCCCAUCUAAAAUGGCCGAUACCAGUUGUUCGCUUAAAAACAUCCCUGGGCAGAAACGUUGCUGCACCAUCCCGGAGUGGAUAUAACACCAUCUUGAGAUCUCGACACCCUUGCGCAGUGCCUUCUUUCUGUCCCCUUUUUUGGAUUAAAAUCAACCAUACGUACUCCUUAUUACAUUAAAGUGCUCAUAUUGCUAAGGGCAAGGUGACAGCCGGACGAAUACGCGCCCUCCCCCGUUCGUCACCUCGGUAAUCUUUUGUGCUGGUGAAUUGGCAGCAUGGGUUGACCCGACUCCAGAAUUUGUGGACUCUUGGCAUGUCCAUAUUUUAAAAGUUCAAAAUCACUACCCUGCACGCAUUUAAUAGGCACGGAAUGGAUGGUAGCCGGCAAUCUCGCCGACUCGUUCGUAUGUACAGCUUUGAUGUGGAUGACAGAAUUGGUCCCGGGAGCAGUGCAUAUCCCCUGGGCAGCGCGUUAGCGCACACUCGAGGUGACAUCAGAGAUCUCACAGCUCCAUGGAGAGCUUUCUUUGAACCAGCAGAAAACGAAGCGGACGACAGAGAGCUCAUCCCUCGAGUUAUCCUAACGGAAUCUGCAAAUCUGCGAAAACAAUGGCGGAAAUUCCGGGAGCACUGUCAAGAAGGAGACCGUCUUGACCUCGAUGCAUCAGAGCCUACGAUACAGGGGGUGUUGAACACCGUCCGAGACUUCAAGAACAAGUGGCAAGGCGAGCGUGAGAAUAGUCGAAGGUAUCGAUUCAUGAAGCAAAUACAUCGCUUCACCGACUGCCUCGACUCCCACAAGUCCUUACUGGAGAUUCUACCUCAAGGGAGUGAAUAUGUGUCACUUUUCACGGGGACAGCAAGCGUCCUCAUCAAGGCAAGCGUGAACCAUGAACAGCUAGCCGAAGGGCUAUCGAGGACCCUCUGUGAAAUGGGCGAGUGUAUUGCAGACUGUGAGAUUGACCUGGAACUUUUCAAAACCCAGCGUAUGAUCAAAGCAGUCUCCGUACUUUAUUCGCAUAUUUUCAGUCUUCUUUCCGACUUGCUGAAUUAUUGCUCGAAGAGCAGUGCGAAGAGACUACUCGACUCCUUCAAUGAUAAACUCUAUGAGGAACACGAGGCAAAACUAGGCGAAAUCCGAAAGCAAGGCGCCAAAAUAAAAGAAAUAGCCGCUCAAGGCUCACAUGCUGAGCUAAGAGCAACAAGAAUCAUUGCUGAGGAUACAAACAUCACCCUCGAGGAGCUCCGCCAAGACGUAAAGGUUGGUCUAGAGGGUCAGGCCAGAUAUGAAGCUGAAAUGUUGGAUUAUGCAGAGAGAAUGGAGAAAAACAUGUCCAGAAUGAUGGAGCAAAGAAUGGAAGUACCAGAAAUGUUACAGCAGCUCGCAAAUCGCGUCUUCGGAUUUUUGGAAGGCAGCGGACAUUCCUGGAUUAUUGAGAACCGAGCCUCCAGUUGCAGGUUACGCAAUACUUCCAGCAUACCUACGCUCGGCGGCUCAGGAAUGACUUACAAUGUGGGACAGCAAGCCCGACCUAACGAGUCCCAGCACCUCCUAUUACAACCUUCUCACAUAUCUGAAGCCGAAUGGACCUCGGAUCAGGUACAGGUCGACUCAAGCCACAUAGAAGACUUCUUCGAUCGAGCAAGGAUACGUCUAACAGGGGAGUUUCUGAGGCCUGUAAUGGUGCCACCACUGGCUCUCAAACGAAUAGCAGAAUGGUUGGGCAACGAGGCGAAUUUCCUUUGGAUCGAGGGCCCAUUCAUUCAAGCGAUGGACUCGGACAAUGCGAUAUCGUUGGUGGCCGCCAAUGUUGUCGAGCUUGUGGCGCAAUCUGGGGUUUGUGUGAUAUCCUACUUCUGCCAACUCCCUGGAAGUCGAGAGCUUCGUGAUGGAAACAGUACACCAGAGGUCCAGGCCUUCAUUGCCCUCCUUUGUGGCCUACUCAGACAGGCAGUAGAACACCUCAUUCCCCGAUUUACUGCGCGCGUCGAUCUAUCUCAGAAGAGGUUUCGUCUGGUAAAUGGGAAGAUGGAGACUUGGUCAGAAACACUCGAUCUGCUCGAUGAUGUGCUGACAGCGCUGGACAUGCGGCUCGUUUGCGUCAUUGAUGGGGUUCAUUGGUUGGAUGACCGCAGUGCUGAUUUGAUGUUUGCUGCGCUCAUCGAUACCCUCCGAACGAGUAGGAUCAAAACCCUACUAACAACGACCGGGAGGUCCGCUUGCCUUCGAAGAAGACUGUCAUUUUCUGAGACGUUCCCGAUGCAGCAGGUUGAUGAGCGAAGUGCGUCAUACAGACUAGACCAGACCACCUUGGAGGUCGUAACGGAUUAAGAUCGGCCUAGGGAUAGACGCUGGUUAUAGAUGAAAGGCUGUUCCAAGGCUAAAUGUAACAUAAUGUGCUUAUUACCGCACCACCGCCACACCUUCAAGAGAUGAGGAUACGUCGU